AGAAAAAUUAAAAUAUCCAACAAAGAUCAAGAAACAAGAAUCAAGACUCCUGGAAAAUCUUUUAAGGAUUUGGCCUAGAAUCCAAUUAAAUUAAAUUUUUUCAGUUAAGUUUAAAACAAAGUAAAUUAUCUCUUUUUUAAGUGUAACAAGAAAUUUUUGGUGAUAAGAAAGAGAAUAAAAACCCAAAUAAUAAAAAAACACCUAUUGGUGUGUGUCCACGGUCGUGGUUUGGCGAAAGAAAAUAAUUUACAUUCGAAGCACAAAAAUGUUUUCGAUUUUUGUUUGGACAACCAAUGGCUAUAUUUGAACAAAAACACGAACGAAAAAUCACCCUCGAUGACACCCAACAAAUAAAUUGCUUUAUAGAAACGGCCCAGACGGUGAAUGGACAUACGGAGUAUCUUCUGCGCCUGCAACGGGGACCAUUAAAAGAAAAUAGUUGGAAAAUCUUACGCCGCUACAAUGACUUCGCUGAGCUUAACAGACAUCUGCAACCUUCUGGUAUUGUAUUGCCGAUGCCCGGUAAGAAACUCAUUGGUAACAUGCGCCCCGAUUUCAUAGCUGAACGGCGUCAACAACUGCAAGAGUACAUUGAUACAGUCCUCAUGAAUCCAAUACUAGCAUCAUCGCUGCCGGCGAAGCGAUUCGUUGACCCGGACAGCUAUUCACAAUCAUUUCACGAUCAAGCAGUACAAAACGCAUCAUUAUGUCUUCGAACGGAAGGACAUUAUAUAUUGGGACAAACAAUGGGCGCAAUUGGAUGGCGUCUGAGAAAGCACUAUUUUAAAGUGACUCCUAAGCCACCUGAGAAAUCUAGCAGUAAGCAUUUGGUGAAGAGCGGAUCUCAAUCGCAUCAAGCAAAGCACUUUGCUUCAUCUAGUAAUGGAAGUGGAAGUCUAGACUCAGGCUUAUACGGACCCGGCGAAAUAGUACUAGAAUGGAUUGAAUUUGGUCCAGACAAAUACAUGGAUGACAAAGAGAUUCAUAGUGUUCUAAAAAGUUUUGUUAGUUUGCAACAUCAUUAUAUUGAUCCCAUAAUCUAUGCAGCGUCCAAUGAAAACGGCUGUGUUGUUGUAAGAAAAUUCCACAAGCAGGGUACUCUCAAAGACAUUCUUUGUAUGUCAACUCCGAAAAAUCCUUUUCUGAGCAAGUACGGAAACCCAAAGGGUCGAACUACGCUUUCAUUGAAACAAAUUGCUCUUUAUGGACGCCAAAUACUGGAAGCUUUGUCUUUUUUACAUUCUAAGGGAAUGCCUUAUGGACACCUUCAUUCUGGAAAUAUUGUUAUUGAAGACGAUUGCGUGAGGUUGUUGGAUAUUGAAAACUAUGUUUUGGGAGUCCCGGCAUUCUAUCGCCCAUUCUUUGUUCAGCAUAGCAAACUUCAUUCAGCUGAAAUUAUCGAUGUUUACUGCUUUGGACACGUGCUGUUCGAAAUGACUAUGGGUUAUCCACUACAAGAAUCUGUUGCUCGUCAAAUAAGUGAUUGCCCUGAAGAUUUAAAAAAUGUAUUAGAAUUAAUUUUGUCAAAAGAGGCUUGUCGAGCUGGUCUUCCGACAUUGGAUCAGCUUAUAGAGCAUCGAUUCUUUACUGAGCAUGUUCCUAGUCUACGAGAGCUUACAAGUCCGGUUGAUGGUCCCAAUAAACCACAUUUAAAAUUAUCCGUUAAUGCCAAAGAACAAAUUCGCAUUGCCACUCAAAAAUGUGAAAGUCGAUUAAGAGAUGAACAAAAAUCUGUAAAGAACCAAAAACGUCUGGUACGUGUUCAAGAGCUGAUGAGUUCAGAAGAAGAGCGCAAAAAGUCUAAGCAAAAGGCGAAAUUAGAACACAAACAAUCAAAACUCCGGCAGCAAAAUUCACUCCAAGCAAACAAUUGUAGAGCGCCAUCUUCUUCUAGUGGCGGCGGUGGGACCAGUGGAAAUGUUGGUGCUUUGUCUAUUCGAGUAUGUCCAUUCAAUAGAUCCGACAGUGUUUUGAGUGUUAAUGUAUCAAACGACACAGCUUCAACGCCCCCACCGUCUUCAGGAAAUAGCUCAUCUCCAUUGCCGGCACCACCGCCAUUACCACCAGCACCCCCCAUAGAACAAGACAAGAGUGUUACCAAUGCCAAUGAAGAUGGAGGUACUCGUUCGGUUUUAUUGGAGUCAAUUUCCAAGUUCAAUCGGGGAUCGUUGCGGAAAGUUCGAUCAAAUGAUUAAAAAUAAGUUUCUGUUUGAAUAAAAACACCAAAAUUUGGACCAAAAGUAGUUGAAAACAACUAACGAGUAAAGAUAUUUUUUUUAACCAAAAAAUUGAAACUGGAUGAUUGACAAUUCACAAAAUAAACUAAAACGACUGCAAUAUUAAACAUAAAAACAAAUUAUUUAUUAAAUCCAAUCUCAAUGCAGUAACUAAAUCAUUUGUUAUUAUAUUUUUAUUAUUUAUUUAAACUAAUCUCAAGGCAGUAACUAAUUCUUUUGUUAUUAUUUUUUUCGUAAAUAUUUUAACUUUUUGAGAUAAAAAUCUUUCUUUUUUUUAUUAUUUGCUCUACAAAAUUAUUUGAAAAAAAUACUCUAAGGCUUUAAGCUUAAACUAAUCAUAAAUAAAUACAUAUUAUAUAUUUACUGCACCAAAGUGAAGCUUAAGCUUCUUUGAGGAGGCAUUCCAACAUUUGAUUUCGAAUAGAAUUCGAUAUCAAUUUAACCAGGAUACCUUUAUAAUACUAUUCCAGUACAUAAUUAGAAAAACCAAUUAGAAAUAACGUCCUUAAAUGAGUAUAUGAAUUUUUAAAAAUAUGUUUACCAAUGGACAUGUCUAGCUUAUUUUAUUUACUGAGUUUCUUUCAUUUAAAAAUAACUCUUUCUUCUUAAAUACUUUUAAAAUUCAUUCAUCUAAUUCAUAUUUUUUUUUCUUUGUUUAAUACAAAAAUCCUCGCCUUAACUUUUAAUACAGCCAGCUGCAAUACGUUAAAACUUAUUUUUCAAUACAUUGGCAUAUUCUCUGAGCCAAAAAUAUUACUGUGAAUUUUAAAAGUCUAGAAAAUUAAAAUAUUUUUAGAGGAAAUUUAUGCAAGGCACUAUUUUUAUUAAAUUGUCCAGUUGUGUCUAUAAUGAGUUAUUAUGAACUAUAAAUAUUAAAGAAACAACAAAACUAUAGUUAAGAUGACUGUUAAAUGUGUACACUAGUAGCUAUAUAAAUGUAAGAACAAUUUUCUAUAUACAACAACCUUAAUGGAUAAUAUACAUUGUAAAAGUCAUGUCCAAAAAUUAUACAAAACUAAAACAUACAUAUAUAUUAUACUAUUCUCUCCCAUAUCGUAUUUACAUAACUACUAUACAACUUACUUUUUCCACAGCAUUAAAACAUAAGUCGUAAGGUUCCAAUGAAUGUAAAAUCUUAGAAAGAAUAUUUAAUUCUACAGGAUGUCUUGUCUAUAUUGUUAUUAUAAAAUUAAACAAUUAUCGAUGGUGUCUAAUAAAACAUCAAUAUCUGCUAAUUUAAUGUAUUUUGGUGGUGUGUGUGCAAAAGUGGUAAGCUGUCGUGCGUUGUCGCCAGAAAAAAAGAGCGCAUAUCUAAUUUAAGAUAAAUUUGAUAGAUCCGUUAUAAGUUGGCAUUCGCUUACAGAACAAAGUUGUGAUAUUUUACUAUCCCCAUAAGUAUCAGUAGUUCUUUUAGAAGAUGAACUAGCGGAGUUAUUUAUUAAUAAAUAGCCUUAAACUCGUUAUACAAUUUGUGUGGUUUUCGUGAUAUUGAUCCAUUUACAAUUAGAACUAAGCACGUAGGUGAGAAUAUAAGGCGCAAGUUUUAAUUCUUUCAAAUUUAAGACCUUAAGGCAAAAUUUUAAGUGUGAUUUUAAAAUUAAACCUCAGUUGACUCCCCAAAUAAUGGAUUUACUAGACAAAAUAUCUUUUGCAUUAAUUACGGCUGAGAGACUAAGCCAAAAAAGCCAAAUUGGUAAUUCUUUAACCAAAUCUCAAGCUUAUGACUGAGUAUCAUUUAUAGCUUAAAAAAUUGUUCAUAUAAAAAGAUGUUCGGUAUUUUCUUAUGAUCGUUUGGAGGAUAGGUCUUUCAAUAAAAUAAAUUAUGUACGUAAAAUUUCGGUCUUAUUAAAAAACAACAUUUAACUUUUCAAAUUAAACUGAGUAUUUAUUAGAUUUGGGUGAUAACAUCUUCUUUCGUGUGUCUCAAAUAUAUUGAAAAUAAAAAUUUUAUCUGACGAGUUUCACGCAUAUUGUUAAAAAAAAGUACAUAAAGUAAACACCACUUUUGCAUACACAUACUCAAUAAUACAUCUUAAUAAUAAAACAUCAUAAAUAUCAAAUUAUAAUAAACGUUCAUUCAUAUAUUUGCAUGUCAAAUAUUCAGAUGUUGUGUUAGCACAAAAAUAAUCUUAUAGAAACUAUCUUGUUUUUUUUUUUUUUAAUAUGUUUGCAAUAAUUUUUACAAAGUUAAUAAAACUGUUACGUAAAUGUG